GAUGUUUCACGUGCGUCUGAAGCCUUCUUUGAGAAACGAAAAUGGCAGAUCAAGUAGAAUCGACAGACGAUCAUGAAAUGAUCAGCGCGCAAGAACCAGUGGAUAUCGAGGAAAAGCCGUCAACAGAUAUUGAGGAAUUAAAGCAAGCAGUGACAGAGGACUCAAGUAAUAGUUUUGCUGCAGAUGAAAGCGCAAAGGCGAAUGUAGAUCAGGAGGAAGAAGAAGAAUAUGUUUUGAAAGACGAAGCACACGGAGAAGAGGAUAAUCAGAAAGAUGAUAAAGAAGUGAAUGGACACAAAGAUGAAAAGGAGGAUUCUAUGGGAGACACAGUAGCAAAACAUUACAACAGUAUCCCUGAAACUGGAAAAGAAGAAAGGAAACAGAGUAGAAUAUUUUACCUAAGGAAUUUCAACAACUGGGUUAAGAGUGUUCUAAUAAACGAAUAUCUAGAAAAAGCAAAGAAAGCUAGAAGAAGAUAUGAUGAAGAAAUCACGGUCCUUGACUUAGGCUGUGGUAAAGGUGGGGAUUUACUCAAAUGGCAAAAAGGCCGAGUUGGCCAUGUGAUUUGUGCAGAUAUUGCUGAAACCUCCGUGGAGCAGUGCAAAGAAAGGUUUGAGAAUCGUUGUAAGAAGGGCCAGCGACUGGCUACAGGGAUAGAAUGAAACGCUAUUUUCUAAUAGAAUGCAUUUGCAGCAGACUGCACCAAGGAAAAUUUACCAGACAAGUUUAAAAAUAGUGACACACAGUUGGACUUGACAAGCUGCCAGUUUGCAUUUCAUUACUCAUUCGAGAGCUACAAACAAGCAGACACAAUGCUUCGUAAUGCAUGUGAAAAGCUUAGGCCUGGUGGUUACUUCAUUGGGACCACACCAGAUGCCUAUGAACUUGUAAAAAGGCUACAAAAAGCAGAAGGCAAUGGAUUUGGGAAUGAAGUCUAUAAUAUAGAGUUUGAAGACAAAGACAACUUUGAUAUUUUUGGAAGCAAGUAUCAUUUCAAAUUACAUGAAGUUGUUGACUGUCCAGAGUUUUUGGUGUACUUCCCAGUUGUAGAAAAACUUGCUGCAAAGUAUAACAUGAGACUUGUAUACAAACAAAGCUUUCAUGAACUGUUUAAUGAGAAAAACAAAGAUUAUGGAAAUCUAUUGCAUAAAAUGCAGGCAUUAGAGGGCUAUCCUGCAAGAAAGGGCUGGAACCUAGUCUGUGAGAAUGAGGAAGCGUAUGCGCAUGCCAAGGAUCAUCAAAACGACAAAAGUGGACGAGAAAAUAUCGUUGGAACCCUCACUGCAGAUGAAUGGGAAGCAGUGGGUCUUUACACAGCUUAUGCGUUUGAAAAAAUUGACCCGGAAGAGGAAGCCAGAAAGGAAGAAGCGAAAAAAGAAGAAGCCAGAAAGGAAGAAGCUAGAAAAGAAGAAGCUAGAAACGAAGAAGCUAGAAAAGAAGAGGCCAAGAAGGAAGAAGCCCAGAAAGAAAAAUCGUUGAAAAGAGCUGCAUCGCCUGAGCAAGAGACUGAAGAGGAAACUGCUCCUCCGUCGAAGAAGACAAAGGAAGCAGAAGCUGAGGAGGAGCAGCAAGAAACAGAACAGGAAGAGCCUUUAAGGCCUGAAGAAGAUUCAAAACCUGAAGGUGUCGAAGAAGUUGAGGGUGGAGAUUGUCAGGAUGCACAAGAAGAGAAGAUGGAAGAAGAUCAAGAAGAACCUCAAGCAGAACCUCAGAAUGAAGAAGAAUCGUAAUUUAUUAUGGACAUUUUAUGCAACAUCAUUUUGAUCAUCAUGUCUGUUCUUCCAACAGGUCUCAAGUGGGUUACAUUGUUGAUACUGCCAAGUUUUAUUUUCAAGGAGGCUUUGAAAGUAUUAUAAAAUACAUAAUGUAGGAUAGAAAAAACGUACUUUAAAGUUUUUUAUGUAUACAUUUCAUGAAUUUAAGACAA